CCUCGUUUGCGGCAUAUAAUGGGACCAGCGCGGCAAGCGUCUGCCCGGAAUCACCCCUGCGGAGGUGUUUAAGGCUCUUUUCAAGACUAAGACGAUGCCGGCUGAUAGCGUAAAGUGAUGGCACCCUUGCACAGGUACCUUUCUCGGCUUUCUCCUGAACUGUAACGCGACAAACGAGGAAGUGCGUCAGAGCUGCUACGCAGAACAGUUCGCUUUGCCAGAGCAUAACUGACGUCCUUGGCCUGACUGACGGGACCGAAGUUUGCAUCCCAGCGCGAGGGGCUGCACUAGACAGUGGAAUACAGCUGGAGAUAUGCCACCCAAUAGUGCUCGCCAGUCCGAUGAAAAGACGGAAAAGGCUGAAAAGGCGGAAAAGACGAAUAAUUUCGUCAAGCGAGCUCUGGCUCCGGAACACAGUAUUGUCAGCGACAAGCAAGCAGCGCAGCUUCUCAAACAAGAAAAUGUUGUGGAUGUAGAGCGGCUCCUGGUGGAGUUCCUGCAGUACCCAGGAUCCAGCCACGAUUGGCUUCAGCAGUGGGAAGUGGACUUCUACACCAAUGGCGUGACGGAAUUGCUCGGCACCUCGCUAGCACUGCCACCUGGCGGCAACCGGCAACGGUAUACGGGCAGUCAACUUGCCAUGGCCAUCACCACCAUGAAGUUUGCAUUAGCAUUUUACAGAGACCAGCCUCUGCUGGACAGCGCCAAACAGCCGGAUGACGUAUGCCGUCUGCUCGAGCAGCUGGAGACAUGGCCGUCCACCAACAGACCACUGCUUAACACCGAGCAGCUGGAUAGCCUCGGGGACUAUCUCUCCAGAAUCUUCGGAAACUCGUUCGUGCGCCAGCUGUUGCUGCGACCGCUGUUCGAGACACCGUACCGGCUGGAGUGGAAGCUGAACCGGCCGCUGACGCUGCGCGGCGUGUCGCCCGAGCCGCCACCCGAGCGCGGCCAGGCCAAGAAGGCUAAACCGAAGCCAAAGUCGAAAAAGAGGGGCAAGAAGAGCGCGCCACCACCGCCCGAGGAGCCGACGCACGAGGUGGGCGUGCAGCUGCGUCCGCCCGGUUACCUGCCGCUCCGGCUGGCCGCCCCGCUGCCCGUGCUCUACGAGCUUUACACCGGCGAGGUGUACGACGAGGAGGAGAUGAAGAAGAAGAAGAAGAAGGGCAGGAGGAAAUAGGCAAUGGGUGUACGGCGCUAGUCGAACGUGGCUAGCGGGGGCUCCGUAGGCGCGCAUGGGACCAACAGGAACACAGGAUUUGAGCCGAAUAAUAGAUGUGCAGUUUGAUCCGUGCGACGACACCUGCAGCCAGACCGCGGGGGUGUCGUGGCGCGUACCAGUCCGGGCCCCGGCCUUUGCAUCAGGUGAGGAUCAUACCCUGCUCCGAGGAUUCCACUACCGAAGACGCACGAAUCAGACAAAUCUGAAUAUUUUAAGAUCCAUUGUUUACCUCAGCUGAAAGCAUCGCUGUUACACCACACCACGAAAAUCUCAGGGAUCCAUGGACCACGUGGCAUGCGAGUUGCGCUGAAGCUGCUGACAGCCAGGCUGCAGUUAUCCUCUGGCCCGCUAGAUGGCAGUGUCGUUAAUGCCGACCGAUUUUGCCGCCCGCAUGAAUCAAUAGCUACAUCAGGAUGGUGGUCGCCGUGUGUAGUUUCCACUGGCUCAGGCAUGAGUGAACAGCAAUGAGGCCCGGCCACCAAUAAGACUUCAGUCGUCGCGCAGUGUUGAAAAUGAUGCAGUGACUUCACCUCAGCCUUUUAUCUCUCCUUUCUCUGCAACGUGCUUCGUCAUCACCUUCAACUCCUUUUCCGCUUCGUCCAAGCUUUCGGCCCUCCGGCACGUGAUCAAUCAAGGCGCCAUCUCUCCUUGACCGAGACAACUUCAGACCUCUCUUUCGGCUGACCGCGUGCAGCAAGCAGCCAUGUUCGGAAUGCUGAAUCCCAUGAGCGCCGUUACCA